GGGCGCAGCCAAACAGCGGGAACAAUAGGCAAAAACCAAGCACCAACCAAACGAAACCAAAACCAACCCAAACAAAGAGUUGAAUGUUCACUCACUCUAACGGCAAAUAGAGAAAGUAGAAACACACACACACACACUCACAACUUCACAAGGCAAGGUCAAGGUCAGGGUAGAGAGAGAGAGAGAGAGAGAGAGAGAAGAUGGCAGGAGGAAUGGAGGCAAACAAGAACAAGUUCAUAGAGGAUUGGGGAUCAGCCAGAGAGACUCUGGAGCACAACUUCCGUUGGACUCGUCGCAACUUAGCUCUCGUUGGCAUCUUCGGCAUCGCCGUCCCCUACCUCGUCUACAAAGGCAUCGUCCGUGAAUUCCAUAUGCAAGAUGAGGAUGCAGGCAGGCCGUACAGGAAGUUCCUGUGAGACUUCAGAAGUGCUUGAUAAUAAUUGUGGGGAGUAGUAGAACUAGAUUCUCUAUGGAACCGCAUAAUGUUCCUUUUCAUAAUCAGAGAAACAAUUUUCUUUUCUUUUGUUGAUCUGUAGCAUAUGGUGUUCUGCCAGUGUCCAUUGUACUUUGCAUUAUACUUUGCUGUCAAAAAGGCAGAAUGUUUGAUGCUCAAGUUCUGCCUUUUGUGAUCAAUUCAAUAUUUUUCUUCUUUUAUGGAGCCCAUCAUGCAUAUUUAUGUGAAUUAUGAUCAUGGGUUUAGAAACCAACCCUUGAUAGAACUGAAGAAGGUGAAGGUUAAAGGUUUCAGUUUUUUUUU